AACAUUUUUCCAAGAUGGCGGACGAAUUACGCCUGCGCAGUAUGGGUAGUUGGCUGUCAGUGUUUUAGUUCCGUUGGCGGAUUUGGUUGCCACUACCGCCUAUGUGUUCUCACACAGCAAAAUAAGCAAACGUCACAUUUCAAGCCAGAAGCACCUCCGACAGACAACAUGUCGUACGGUCAAGGAGAGAGUUAUCGCCCGGUCCCUCGGGACUUCAACAGCCUGAUCCAGACAUGCAGCUCCAACAUUCAGAAGAUCACACAAAACACUGCUCAGAUUAAGAGCAUGGUGAACCAGUUGGGGACCCGGCAAGACACCAGUGAACUUCAGGAUCGACUGCAGCAAAUACAACACUAUACCAACCAACUUGCAAAAGAAACCAACAAGCACCUGAAGGAGUUGGGCUCAAUUCCUUUGCCAACAUCCCCCUCGGAGCAAAGGCAGCAGAAGAUUCAGAGGGAACGGCUGAUGAAUGAUUUCUCCGCAGCGCUCAACAACUUCCAAGCCGUCCAGCGCCGUGCGGCGGAGAAGGAAAAGGAGUCAGUGGCCAGAGCAAGAGCUGGAUCCCGACUAUCAGCUGACGAUGGCGUGCGAGAUGAAAGGCUUGUAUCUUUUGAUAAUCAGGAGGACUGGGGUCAGAUGGCCGUUCAGACGGAGGAGGUGGCCAUCACAGAGGAGGACUUGGAGCUCAUCAAGGAAAGAGAAACCAACAUCAGACAGCUGGAGUCUGACAUCAUGGAUGUCAAUCAGAUCUUUAAGGACCUUGCCGUCAUGAUCCACGACCAGGGAGAGAUGAUCGAUAGCAUCGAGGCCAACGUGGAGAAUGCCGAAGUUCAUGUGGAACGAGGAGCAGAACAGCUUCAGAGAGCUGCCUACUACCAACAAAAGUCCCGAAAGAAGAUGUGCAUCCUGGCUUUGGUUUGCUCCAUUGCGCUGGUCAUACUUGCCAUCAUCAUCUGGCAAGUGUCCAAGUGACUUGACUCCACAGGAAAGCCAUCGCUACUACUACUACUAUUAUUAUUAUUACUAUAUUUGACGUAUAUUGUCCUCCGCCCACCUGCAAGUACCUGCUUGGUAUCACAAGAAGAACGAGUAGACGCUGCUCACAUCAGGAUCACAGAUGUAGGUUUGUGCAGAUUUGCAAAUAUACCAAUCUCCGCUGCGCUGUUCUUUGUAAAUAGCAACGUAAACGCAACAUGAACAGCUAUAAAGGGGAACUGAGGUGGUGUUGGGGAGUGAUUUAUGUCUCUGAUUCAUUUCUUGUUUUGUUUAAAGCACUAAUACUGUAUUUCACACUCAUUAUUUCCCAUAGACCAAACCAGGAUUGAUGAGAAAAAUGAUUUUUAGGUGUUGUGUAUCAUUUUGUGAUCAUUUCUUCUUCUCCUGUAACGUGUUUAUAUUGCACAGUUGAAGUGGUUGAGUGCGAAAGUCAGUUAUUGACACCACUGGGAGAUGUCUGGGCCUCAUAAUAAUAAUAAUUAAUUACACAGAAGCAGGAUGCGUAAAGGUGGCGAUUGUAGUAUACUGAAUGUCUUAACAGAUAAGCCCUAAAUCCAUAUUUGUAAAUAUUACACCACAUUAUAGCCUGUUAUAUACAGUAUAUCUGGAAAAACACAACAUGGAUUGAUUUCUAUGACUCAUUUCAGAAUGUGUAAUAAAUGUCUUGAAUACUUUAAAGCGUCGUCAUUCACAGCGAAGCCCAAAAUGAUUGAAACAGGAGCCGCAUUUAGCCACAAGGGGGCGAUAGUGUGGCGUGCAAGAAGAGCCUUGCCUUUCGGUAAAUAAUGACGAUUAUUAUGCCGCAAAAUUUCACGCACUCAUAUGAACAUUUUUCCGGCGAGGUAGAGGACAGCUUGAUGGAAAGCUUAGGUGCAGAAAUUCACCAACGAUCAGAAAGCAGCAGUGUGCAGUCAGGCCACCAAGACCUUCUCUGCUGGCCUAAACACUAUCAGAAGCACUGACCCACAUUGUUUUAAUUGAUUCCCAGUCCAAAGGUCUAUUUUCUUCAUUUAGUCGUGUGUUUCUUGGUGGCACUGCUUCCAGUAGUGUAUGUUUUAUGUUACAUUUCUAUUUGACAAAUCAGAUUUUAGCUUAUAUGUGUUGCCAUAUCAGCGUAAUCUGCCCAGGGCCUUCAGAAUCAGGAGUGCUGCCCCACGUCAUUUAAACAAUAAUAGCUAUGGGGCUGUUUCUUUAACCAAUCAGAUUUCAGAUAUGCCUCGCCACAGUCAUGUUAAGAAUUUUCAAGCAAAAAAUGGAUAAAUGAACUGAAAUACAAAUAUACCACAUUCAGAAUACGCAUUCAAACACAGACGUGUACUAUUCGCCACUGGUCACUAGGUGUCAGUAAUGUUACAUUAAAAAUUUCGGGACCAUAGGUGAGGGUAAAGUUGAGAGCUUUGCCCUACGACUCAACCCUCUCUUCACCACAACGAUCCGGUACAGCGACCGCAUUACUGCAGACGCCGCGCCGUUGUGCCUGUUGAUCGCACACUCUAGCCUUAACAAGACUCCAACAUACUUGAACUCCUCCACGCGGGGCGAGACUUCACUCCAAACCCGAAGGGUGCAAUCCACCCUUUUCUGACGGAGAACCAGGGCCUCAGAUUUGGAGGUGCUGAGUCUCAUUCCAGGAGCUUCAUACUCAGAUGUAAACACUGACGGGCACAGCCUGAUGAGGCCA